GUAAAGGAAUGGUUGAAGUCAUAUAUCCUGGAUCAUGAAAACUUGCCAUUGGCAAAGUAUGGUGGUGAGUGGACAAGAUCAUGGAUUGAUGAUGAAGAUCUUAAGGAGGAGUUACUGGUUCAUCUUCAGUCACUCAGAAAAUAUAUUUCUGCAAUAGCAAUUAUUGAUUAUCUUGCACAGCCUGAUGUACAGCAACAUUUCAAGCUUACCAAAAAUAUUUCAUUGGCAACCACACAAUAA